UGCUUGAGGCUCUACAGUAUUUCUUAUCUCUCGUGGCUUCGCGGAACUCCGUUUAGCCCCUCCUUUAUCGAAAGGUUCCCUAGUGGGGAUUUUUAUCUCAGAGUUGCAUUACUUCGGGCAAGUCGCGUCUUCCUUCUUUAUCUUCACGCGUGUCAAUUUUCUUUCUCGAAGUUCUACUUGAGACCAGACAAUUAGUAUCUCCAAACUCAUACCCAAGUGACAACAUUUCACAGCUUCAGCUCACAACAUGGAGAUCGGUGUCUUCAUCCCAAUUGGCAACAAUGGCUGGCUCAUCUCAACCACCUCACCCCAAUACAUGCCCUCCUUCGAACUCAACAAGCAAAUCAUCCUCAAAGCCGAAAAAUACAACCUGGACUUCGCCCUCUCCAUGAUCAAACUGCGUGGCUUCGGCGGAAAAACCGAGUUCUGGGACCACAACCUCGAAUCCUUCACCCUGAUGGCCGGUCUCGCAGCCGUAACCACAAAAAUCAAACUCUUCGCCUCAACCGCUAUCCUGACCCUACCUCCCGCCCUCGUGGCUCGCAUGGCUACCACCAUCGACAGCAUUGCUCCAGGGAGAUUUGGAAUCAAUAUCGUGACUGGAUGGCAAGAGGCAGAGUAUAGUCAGAUGAGCAUUUGGCCCGGAAAUGCGUACUUUGGGUACCGCUACGAUUAUGCAACUGAGUACGUACAAGUGAUGAAAGAGCUGUGGGCCAAUGGUGUUUCGAACUUUAAGGGAAAGCACUUUACCAUGAACGAUUGUAAGAUGUCUCCUAAGCCUGCACACGAUAUCAAGAUCGUGGCUGCAGGACAGAGUGGUCGAGGAUUAGAAUUCGCGUCUCAGUUUGCGGACUUCAAUUUCGCUAUGGGUGCCGGGAUCAAUACGCCUACUGCGAUUGGGGCCUCGAACGAAAGGUUAGUGGAAGCGAGUAAGAAGGCGGGAAGGGAGUGCGGUGCCUAUGUGCUGUUUAUGGUUAUUGCGGAGGAGACGGAUGAGGAGGCGGAGGCGAAGUGGAAGUUGUAUAAGGAUGGAGCGGAUGUGGAUGCGUUGGCUUGGAUGGCGGAUCAGGGGAGUAAGGAUACGAAGGCUGAUGCUAAUGCGACGGCUAAGAGUAUCAACUUGCCUGAGGGGGCGGUGAACUUUAAUCAGGGAACGCUGGUUGGAAGUUUUGAGAAGGUGGCGAGGAUGUUGGAUGAGAUUGCGGAGAUGCCGGGGACGAAGGGGAUUAUGUUGACUUUUGAUGAUUUCUUGAUUGGGAUGGAUAAGUUUGGUGAGAAGAUUCAGCCGUUGAUGAAGUGUAGGUCGAAAGUCAACGGGGUAGCGUAAGUGUGUGAACUGGAAUGAAUGUUACAAAAAGUAUAAUUCGUGGCAAUUGCUUCUCUUAGCACCAGAACGUAGCCUCUACUCCUCGCAAAGGCUGAGUACUUGGAACUCGUCUAGAUUUGGGUGCUUCGGGUCUUCAAGGUUCAGAGUUUCGGGCCACAAUUUUGUAGGGAGGACAUGUUCAACAGCAAAUCGUAGCUUGAAGGAGACAUUGGCAAAACGAAAUGGCACCUCAUCAAUUGGAAUCCGGGGUAAUGAUGCUACAUAUUUAUUAUCUCCAGCUCAGAAGCUCG